AUGUCGCGCCGCCGCCAUAAGGUGGCGAAGGUAGCUGAAGCUCUGAUUAAUCCAUUCGGUGAAGACGUUGAUGAUUUUGAAAUUGAGUAUUUCAUUGAACGGAACCUAAAUGCCUCAUAUCUGAUAGUCGACCGAGUACAUCGUGACGCCGGUAUGAUAAAUGCAAUGAUGCUCAGAGUUGCUGGUUCCGAUUGGAAAGAGCACACUGACGCAGCCCUGGUGGAAUACGCUCAGGAGAAACGCCAACGAGAUAGACUGGUCGGAUCUCUCGCUAACAUCGAACUUACGAGCAGAAAAGGCAGCCUUGCUUUCUUGCAUGGCGCCAGUUAUGCCAAGAAGCGGGAAUCAAAGCCGCAGGCCAAGUGAACUGAUUAAAGGGGUAUAACAUGACUGUGUUUAGAGAUUUAUCUUUUAGUAUUCUUUCCACGCACACAAACUGUAUAAGAUUAUGUUUAUCACUAGCAAAAGUGUUCUUCAAGGAAAAUGUCGAAUAAACGAACAAUUCUGCUCCCUAUUGAGUUGCUACAAAUUAUCUUGGAGCGCAGGCGCUAUAAUUAUCCUUACCUUACAGUGCAACCAACAAAGGUGGUAUUAUUUACAUGCUACAUGGAAAUUACUUUCAUCUACCUAUGGGUGUGAGAGAGGCUAUGAUCUGUGCAUUUCGAAAGGCGGUCCAAUGCCCUUUCCCGUGUGUGCUCCAGUUCCACAACAUCGGAAAAUUGAACCAGCGAUUUUAUUCUGAGAGAGCACAUGAAUGUUUGCUAAGCCUCAAUGGUUGAUGGUAUACGCAAAAGAUAUGUUGAGAAAAGCAGCCAGUAGAUUCACUGUAAGUCGCACAUCUACAAACUGCUUGAUCUCACCCUGUAACGUGGCUCGAGAACUUGACCCAGAUGGCGCAG